AUGCUGAUAGCAGGAUACUGAAAAGUUGAAGUUAAACAAUAGCGCACGGAUCACAAGCACAUAAAAUAUGUAUCAAGGCUCCAGACAGAGACAUGUUAUUAAAGAAUAGGCGUCAGCUCCAUCACUUUGUACUGGGUUCUCUCUCAUGGCAAGGAAACAAAUCAAGCACGACACACGUGGUAGUUGCACAUACUGCUGCAAACAUAGUUUAAUUUGAUAAGAGCAUGAAGUUGAGGUCAACUGACCUAUAAAUCCUCCGGAAGGGCACAAACCAUCCCAAGAACAUAGACAUAGAUGGGUGUUACUGCCUUCUUCUACAUCCUGCUGUUCCUAUGGGUUCACGAUGCAGCUGCCAUUAUUGGCUUCACAAGAAGUGAUUUUGCACAAGACUUCGUCUUUGGAGCUGGAACCUCAGCAUACCAGUACGAGGGAGCUGUUGCUGAGGAUGGCCGGAGUCCAAGCUUUUGGGACACUUUCACUCAUGCAGGUAAAAUGCCAGACAAAAGCACAGGAGAUAUUGCUGCAGAUGGGUACCAUAAAUACAAGGAGGAUAUGAAGCUCAUUUCUAAGACAGGACUAGAGGCUUAUAGGUUCUCCAUCUCCUGGUCAAGGCUUAUUCCAAAUGGACGUGGGGCUGUCAAUCCCAAAGGGCUAAAGUACUACAAUAACAUCAUAAAUGAACUAGUUAAACAUGGCAUUCAAAUACACAUCACGCUUCACCAUAUAGAUCUCCCUCAAAUUCUUGAAGACGAAUAUGGUGGAUGGUUAAGCCCCAGAAUUAUCGAAGAUUUCACAGCAUAUGCGGGUGUUUGCUUCAGGGAGUUCGGAGAUAGGGUCAAAUACUGGACAACAGUGAAUGAACCAAACAUUGGUGCAAUUGCCGCUUAUGGAAGUGGUCAAUUACCACCUGGUAGAUGCUCAGAUCCAUUUGGAAUAACAAAGUGCACAGCGGGGAACUCCAGCAUUGAACCAUACAUAGCAGUUCAUACUACCCUAUUGGCGCAUACAUCAGUUGUCAAACUGUACAGAGAAAAAUAUAAAGCUGAGCAAAAAGGAGUUGUGGGCAUAAAUAUCUACUCCUAUUGGAGUUAUCCAUUCACAAAUUCCACUGUGGAUUUAGAAGCAUCUCAAAGAUCUAAGGAUUUCAUGUUUGGCUGGAUACUGGAGCCUUUGGUGUCUGGGGACUACCCAGAAGUAAUGAAGAAGAAUGUUGGCUCUCGCCUUCCAUCCUUUACAAAAAUUCAGUCUGGACUUAUCAAGAAUUCUUUUGAUUUUAUUGGAAUAAAUCACUACUUCUCCGUCUAUGUGAAUGACCGCCCAAUAGAAAGAGGUGCUCGAGACUUCAAUGGAGACAUGUCAGUUUAUUACAGAGUUUCUAGGACAGAUCCGCCAGCUGGUCAGGGUGCCCCAACAAAUGUUCCAAGUGAUCCCAAAGGGUUGCAACUUGUACUGGAGUACCUGAAAGAAACCUAUGGGAACCCUCCUGUUUAUGUCCACGAGAAUGGUGUGGGAUCUCCCAACGACAGCCUCAAUGACACUGACAGGGUCGUUUACCUGAGCAGCUACAUGGGAAGCACACUAGAUGCAAUAAGGAAUGGGGUUAAUGUGAGAGGCUACUUCGCCUGGGCAUUCAUGGACCUGUUCGAACUCCUGGCGGGAUAUCAGUCCAAAUACGGCCUGUACCACAUCGAUUUCGACGACAUGAGGCGUCCCCGGCAAGCCAGGCUCUCGGCUCGAUGGUACUCUGGCUUCCUGAAGAAGAAUGGAUCUUCUCUUCUAGUGUCAAGAACACAUGAGGACCUGACGCUGAAUACAGUGUCCUAAGUUCGUGCGCAAGAUGGUAGGUGUACGUAUUGAAGCGCUUGUCUAUGGUUUAACAAAAGGCUGCUCAAUGCAAUUUUCUUUUCUGAAAAGAGUGGUGGUUUGAAAGAACUGAAGUACAAAUACAUAUAUCUAUUCGGUGAUAUACGGUUUUUGAACUCACCUUUGACGGAUGAGGGACUCAUCAGAAACCUAUCGUCAUUGACAAAAUCAUCACUGACGGGUUGUAGAUCAGUAAGUGGAGACAAACCAGCAAUGCCGGACGAUGCAAGAAAGGUCUGUUAGCUGAGACUUUUCCAGGUGGGCUCAAGAGCCUAUUGUAGAUGUCAUCACUAACUGGCCGUUGAUGAUGGUCCAUCAGCGGUUAUAGGUCAUCUCUUGCGGGUCUUACAUACUGACCUGUCUGGUGAUUUUUAUAAUGACUUGAAAGUUGUCACCAUUGACGAGCUAGGUCGGCUAGGUCUAUCAAUGGUGACUUUCUUUAGAGUAGAUUUGGCGGUUGCAAAAAUUGCCUAAAUUCAUGCAUAUAUUUUUUAUUCAUUGUAUAAGUAUAUCAGUGGUGACUUUCUUUAGAGUAGAAUUGGCAAUUGCAAGCAAAAAUAGCCAAAACAAUUCAUGGAUAUAUUUUAUAUUCA